AUGUCUCGUGACGUAGUAGUGACGUUUGACGCUGGUUACAUGCAAAGGGUAACUUAAAAUGAAUGCAUGUUAAGAAACCAUAGUUUGAGCAUCAGCUAAAAGGAAAACGAGGCACAGACUGGCUGCCAAUGGAGCGUGUUCAGGAAAGUGACCUCCAUAUGAAAAUGGAAGCUUUGGUGCAGGACCUAAGCACGGCACUGGAAGAAUCGUCACGCGCAUCAUCCGUGAGGCGUCGGUGGGGCCUGAGGCGGAGGGCGAGGUCGACAGGCAGCCUUCCUGCAGCAACCAAUCACAAGACGCAGAGCGAUGACUCGACAAGCAGUGUGGACCCAGCAUUUUCUCGGGAUCGUGGCAUGUCUAGUCUUCAUCAGAGCGAUUCUGACGAUGCGGGGCCGACAGCCGGCGUGCACCGCCAGCUAACUCCGUUCAGCCUCCAGGCACGUCACGUGCCGCUGCUCCACGGCAACAUCGAGUCGGACUCCUUCAACGAGAACUUCUCGCCGGUACAUCCGAGUACACGCAGGAAGCGCAAAUUUAAGCGUAUGGCUGUGGACGUGGUGGAUGCUGGUGUUGACUCGGCCGGUGCUGGUCGUGCGUCGUUGCCCGUCCCACUUGCAGCUGGCAAGAAGAAGCGCUCUGUUCGUCAUGUGGCAAACUGUGAAAACAGGUACGGUAACCUCGUAUGUGGAAAGCGCAAGAGGAGCAUGCGAGAGCGCAGUGUGGACUGCUCGGGUGAGCGUCGCGGCAGCAGAGGUGGACAGAUGGAGGGCAGACGCGGGGCGGGGCACGGCCGGCAGCUGCUGCGUCCCCCACAGCCACUCACUCCGGCCCUCGCUGGGGCGCGCACGGCAGCUGUCGCUGACGUCCCGUCCACCAGCCGGGGUGUACUCGGCCUGCCACCGAUGGACGUGGACGGAGGCCUGGAAGUCGCACAGUGUGAUAUGGUAAGCAGCAGCAGCAUUAGCAGCUCAGAAAGUGAGACAGGUGUCUGCACUAAUGAUGAGGGGCGUGAAGGCGACGAUGAGCAGAGCGACUGGUUCGGGGGUGAGCACGGCCACGGCUGGUGGGAAGACGACGAGGGUCCUCCCGGUGCUGUGGGCGGAGCCGACGAUGAGGACUGCGAUGAGGAGGACCCGACUUUCAAAGCUAUCCUGUGUGGCAGCUUCGAGCAUCUGUCCGAAGAGGCAAAGGAGUCGUACCGCGCACAUGUUCGCUUCCUUCAACAGGGCAUAAAUGGCUGCCGAGAAAUUAGAGGAGGUCGAAGACGGGUACGAAAUGAACGUCCGGGUUUUAGUAUCUCGACAUCAGCCAAUGAGAAGCUCUCCCGCUUUCUGCAGGACCCAGCACAAAUGGAACUUAAGCUCCAUCCCAUGAAACAGCAGGAGCGUGACCAGCUGUGCCAACUCGCGACGCUGUAUUCGCUCAAGAUGUCGACUGACCCUACACUUACGUGCCCUGUGCUCACCAAAACGAGGAACACGAUGCAGGCGGUGAGAGUCGAGCAGGUGGCCUUGGGCCGGUUUCACCCUGCAUCACGCCAUCACCAGCACCAUUUGAGUGAUUUCAAGAAAAGAAGAAAAAUGCCACAGCCAAUGGAACUCGUGGGAGCUGGAGCCAGCCCCAUUCCGGACAGCAACAUCGGCAACACGAUGCUGCGCAAUAUGGGCUGGGAGCCGGGCAAAGGUUUGGGGGCACACAGCUCUGGCAUAACAGAACCCGUGCCGGCCGCCAUCAGGCCCAAGUACCAGGGACUCGGGCUCGGACACGCCUGCACGUCAAGUUAGUCGUGGAAUCCACUCCACUCCGCACGUGUCCACCUCGCUCCACACUUUGUCAUCCUGAAGUUGUGUGUGUGUGUGUAUGUGUCUCUGUGCAGUAAUGGUGUUGUAGCUUGUGUACAGAAUUGCGCAUAUUUUGUGCCGUACCACACGGUAGUGUAGCUCUGGUGUCCGUAUCCCUUAGUGCCGUCUUAUUGAAAUGGAUGACAAUUUGCAAUGGACAUGAAUUUUUCAGUGACUGACUAAAAGUGUUUUUCACCGAGAUGGGUAUUUAUUGCAGCUCUCAGGGACCUUUUUCUUGAACUCUGUAAUUUCUGUGUACAGUAGUAUGUUGCACUAGGAUGAAGAAGUAAACUACUACCAUCUACAGUGGAAGUCUUAUUGCCAUCAUUACUGUUGGUGCAAAUUGACAAUGUGUAUAAUUAUUAUUUCAGUCCAGUGAACUGUAUUCAUAGCUGCUGUUGUAUCUAAAAUAAUUUGUGUUAGUAAGUUCAGCAAUAACUAUUGUACUUCACCCACCUUCCCCCACAGCUGUAAGCCAUGAAUUUGAUGGUUAUGAAAUCUGGGAAGGUUGCAGAAAUUAAGUAACUACUCAUAUCUCAAUAAAAGUCUUCUGGCUGUAUGACCACA